AGCGCAGCGCCGGGCCUCGCUCCCCGUGCGUCCUGCGGGGGCGGAGGCGCGGAGCGGCGGCGAGCGCAGCCGGGGAGGUGGGGGUAGAGGCACAGACAGAGGCGCGGAGGCUCGGAGAGAGAGGACGUGGAGGGUGGGACGGAGCCUGGACAGCGGUGGACACGGCCGCGUGCGCAGGGAAGAGCGCAGCGCGCAGCAGGCGCCGAGCGCCGGGCAGCGACGGGGGCAGCCUGGGUGGUCUCCGGCCGUCCAUGCAGAGAGCGCCCUCCCCCACCGCUGAGCAGCCGCCGGGCGGAGGGGACAGCGCCCGCCGGACCCCGCAGCCCAGACUCAAGCCUAGUGCCCGGGCCAUGGCCCUGCCCCGGACUCUGGGAGAGCUGCAGCUGUACCGGGUCUUGCAGCGUGCCAAUCUCCUCUCCUACUAUGAGACCUUCAUCCAGCAGGGAGGCGACGACGUGCAGCAACUGUGUGAGGCAGGCGAGGAGGAGUUCCUGGAGAUCAUGGCACUGGUGGGCAUGGCCACCAAGCCCCUCCAUGUCCGGCGCCUCCAGAAGGCAUUGAGGGAAUGGGCCACCAACCCAGGUCUCUUCAGCCAGCCUGUGCCCGCUGUGCCCGUCUCCAGCAUCCCACUCUUCAAGAUCUCUGAGACUGCGGGCACCCGCAAAGGCAGCAUGAGCAAUGGGCACAGCAGCCCAGGGGAGAAGGUGGGCGGAGCCCGCAGCUUUAGCCCCAAGAGCCCUCUUGAACUUGGAGAGAAACUGUCACCACUGCCUGGGGGUCCCGGCACAGGGGACCCCCGGAUUUGGCCAGGCAGGAGUACUCCGGAAUCAGACGCUGGGGCAGGAGGGGAAGAGGAGGCUGGCUCACCCCCUUUUUCCCCACCUGCAGGGGGCGCAGUCCCUGAGGGGCCUGGGGCUGGGGGUCUGGCAGCUGGUGGGGCCGGAGGUAGUCCAGACCGCCUGGAGCCAGAAAUGGUCCGCAUGGUGGUGGAGAGUGUGGAGAGGAUCUUCCGGAGUUUCCCAAGGGGGGAUGCUGGAGAGGUGACUUCCCUGCUAAAGCUGAAUAAGAAGCUGGCUCGGAGUGUGGGGCACAUCUUUGAGAUGGAUGACAACGACAGCCAGAAGGAAGAAGAGAUUCGCAAGUACAGCAUCAUCUAUGGCCGCUUUGACUCCAAGCGGAGGGAGGGCAAGCAGUUGAGCCUGCAUGAGCUGACCAUCAACGAGGCCGCUGCCCAGUUCUGCAUGAGGGACAACACGCUGUUGCUGCGGCGAGUGGAGCUGUUCUCCCUGUCCCGCCAGGUGGCCCGCGAGAGCACCUACCUGUCCUCCCUGAAGGGCUCCAGGCUGCACCCUGAAGAGUUGGCAGGCCCUCCACUGAAGAAGCUGAAGCAAGAGGUUGGAGAACAGAGUCACUCUGAAAUCCAGCAGCCUCCCUCAGGCCCUGAGUCCUAUGCACCACCAUACCGCCCCAGCCUGGAGGAAGACAGUGCCAGCCUGUCUGGGGAGAGCCUCGAUGGGCACCUGCAGGCUGUGGGGUCGUGCCCAAGGCUGACGCCGCCCCCUGCUGACCUGCCUCUGGCAUUACCAACCCAUGGGCUGUGGAGCCGCCACAUCCUGCAGCAGACACUGAUGGAUGAGGGGCUGCGGCUCGCCCGCCUCGUCUCCCACGACCGCGUGGGCCGCCUCAGCCCCUGUGUGCCUGCAAAGCCACCCCUCGCAGAGUUUGAAGAAGGGCUGCUGGACCGAUGCCCUGCCCCAGGGCCCCACCCUGCCCUGGUGGAAGGCCGCAGGAGCAGCGUCAAAGUGGAAGCUGAGGCCAGCCGGCAGUGAGGGCCAGACUGGUGCCACCUGCCCUGCUGGGCACCCCAGCCUUCUGGUUCACACGGACCCCCGGAAUGCCUGCCCCAACACUGGGACAAUAGGGGCGUCUGGUCACAGUUUCUCCGGCCCCUGCACCUGCUCCAGGAGCGGAGAGCUGUGGGGCUUCAAGCAAUAACGAGCAGGGGCCUGGUGAGAGGAUGCAAGCAGGGUGCGUGGUGUCCUCUCCCGCCCUUCCCUCCCCCCGCCCACAGCAAGGGGUCAAGGCCUGCGCUCCAGAGCCUGAGGGACCCCUCCCUCCCACAGCACACUCCCAUUCUUCCUAGGUUGGCAUUGGUGUGUGUGCUGAGCAGUUGGAUUGCGUCUGGACAUGGGGGAAGGGGGAUUCGCUGGGAGGGUCCAGCAGCUAAAAAGGGCAACAUUGUCCCUCCUGGAACUGGAGGUCUGAGGGUCUGGAAAUCCUGGACCUGCACCUUUCUCCCUGCCCCUUCCCCGUUUUUGUGUUUCUAGUUUGUCUGUUUACUUUAACAAGUGCUACAGUCUGCUCCCUUCCCACCUCAACCCUUUCUCUCCCCUGCAAGUCCUCAGCAAUUUUUUCCUUCCUGCUCUCUGGUGGGGGGCAGGGGGGAUCCCCUCAGCGGCCCCCU